AUGCCACAAGUUCUGUCGGCUCAUGAAGAUGCUUCAACUGCUGAUUGGUUGGAAAUGGCCAUCACCUUCUUAUUGCUCAUUCUAGCAAAGGAAUUUUACCUACACCAUCUUGGUACCGAUCAUCUGAAUCCUACCGAGAUGGUUGACCACUUAAGAAAGGGCAUGGGUAUCUUUGGGCAGAUAAUUCAUAUCGAAGAAAUUAAUGAAAAAUUGGCUGUCCAUGUGGAUGUCCCUAAUAACCUUGCAAAUGUCUCAAAAGCGGCCCUAAGAAGGAUAGGAAUAACCAGAUUAUACAGCCAUCAGGCUGAAGCUAUAAAAUCUUCUCUUUCUGGAAAUAAUGUCGUUGUGGCAACAUCAACUUCUAGUGGAAAAUCCCUUUGCUACAAUAUUCCUGUUAUUGAGGCACUCUCAAAAGAUAUGGAAGCAUGCGCUAUUUAUAUAUUUCCUACGAAGGCGUUAGCUCAGGAUCAAAUGAGAGCUUUGAUGGAGAUGACAAGUGGAUUGGACAUUUACUUAAAUGUUGGCAUCUAUGAUGGAGAUACCUCUCAAAUGCAUCGCACCUGGAUUCGUGAUAAUGCCCGAGUGUUGAUUACAAACCCAGACAUGUUGCAUCUCUCUAUAUUGCCCUAUCAUGCAAAAUUUCAACGGAUUUUAUCCAACCUCAGGAUCAUUGUGAUUGAUGAAGCUCACACUUAUAAAGGAGCUUUUGGAUGCCAUACUGCACUUAUUCUGAGGAGGUUGCGCCGAAUUUGUUUGCAUGUACAUGAUAGCAAUCCUUUGUUCAUAUUCUGUACUGCAACAUCAGCAAACCCUCGUGAGCAUGCCAUGGAGCUUGCCGGUUUGCGGAGUGUAGAGCUGAUUCAGAAUGAUGGAAGUCCCUCUGGAGCUAAAUAUUUUAUGCUUUGGAAUCCACCAUUGCCGUUGGAAGUUAAGACCAGUAAGAGCACAGGGAAGUUUUGGCAUUCCGAGUCUGCUCUUCGGCGCACAAGCCCAAUUCUGGAGACUGCACGUCUUUUUGCAGAAAUGGUCCAACAUGGUCUUCGAUGUAUUGCAUUCUGUAAGACACGGAAGCUCAGUGAACUAGUUCUUUGUUACACGCGGGAAAUUCUGCAGGAAACUGCAUCUAGUCUGGUUAAUUCUGUGCGUGUUUAUCGUGGCGGCUACACUCCUCAGGAUAGGAGGAAGAUUGAAACUGAUUUGUUUGAGGGUAAGCUUCAAGGUGUUGCUGCUACAAAUGCACUUGAGCUAGGGAUUGAUGUAGGGUAUAUUGAUGCUACUUUGCAUCUUGGUUUUCCAGGUAGUGUUGCAAGCUUGUGGCAGCAAGCUGGUAGGUCUGGAAGAAGAUCCAGGCCAUCCUUGGCGAUUUAUAUUGCAUUUGAAGGACCAUUGGAUCAGUAUUUUAUGAAAUUCCCGGAUAAGCUCUUUAGGAGAUCUGUUGAAUAUUGCCAAGUUGACAGUCACAAUGAGAAGGUGCUGGAACAGCACAUAGCUUGUGCUGCUUUUGAGAUUCCAGUUUCUUCUGAAUAUGAUGAGAAAUAUUUCGGUCCUAGUCUGGAGCGAGCUAUACUCUCCCUCAAAAACAAAGGUCAUCUGGUUCCUGACCCUGAAGUUUCUGCCUCCAAAAUUUGGAAUUAUGUUGGACCUGAGGAUAAGCCUUCAGCUGCAGUUAGUAUACGGGCAAUAGAUGAUAAUAGAUACAAAGUGAUUGAUAAGUCAAGCAACGAGGUCUUGGAGGAAAUUGAGGAAAGCAAAGCUUUCUUUCAGGUUUAUGAAGGUGCUGUUUACAUGCAUCAAGGUUGCACUUACCUAAUCAAAUCCUUGUUGUUAUCAGAAAAGAUUGCUUUUCAGAAGCAUUACGGAGUCUUCAUGACAAGGGGUUGGGAGGGACAACAGGAGGGGCCGGCGGCUUUGUGGCUUGGCGUGAGUGGUGUAGAAGCUAAGGCAUAUCUCCCACCCAUGACUACUGAAUUUGCAUCUAGAAGGACAAGUGCCCAAGUGAAUGCUUGCACUGUGACAACAAAUUGGUUUGGUUUUUAUCGGAUCUGGAGAACAAGUAAUCAGAUAUUUGAUAAAGUUGAACUUUCUCUUCCUUCAUACUCGUACAAUAGUCAGGCAGCUUGGAUUAGAGUUCCUCAAUCAAUAAAAGUGGCUGUGCAGAAAAACAGUCUGGUAUUCCGAGCUGGCCUGCAUGCUGCUUCCCAUGCUCUUCUCAACGUUGUUCCUCUUUAUAUGAUGUGCAAUACUUCUGACCUAGGGACAGAGUGUGCAAAUCCUCAUGAAACCCGUGAUAUUCCUGAAAGAUUAUUGCUGUAUGAUCAACAUUCUGGUGGUAUUGGUCUUUCUUUACAGAUCCAGCGACUCUUCCGGGAGCUCCUAAUUGCAGCCUUGGAGCUUGUCUCAACCUGCAGUUGCUUGCACAGUGCUGGCUGUCCUAACUGUGUGCAGGUAUUAACAUGUAGCGAAUACAAUGAAGUUCUUGACAAGAAAGCUGCCAUGAUAAUUCUUGAUGGUGUGAUCGAAGCAGAAAAUUCUCAAUUUAGUAGCAGAGAGUCUUCUGGAAAUCCCUCCAUCGAUUAGCACCAAGUAAAUCUUCCUAUUGAGGUGUGUUGCCUAAUUUUUCCUCGAACUAUGCUACAAGUACUUUUCAUUGUCUCUGCAAUAUGUAUCUUUGGAGUAGGAAAAUUUAGAAUGGGUAGCUCUAAUUGUUUAGGCUUCUAAUUUUGUGACAUACAGAGGCUUCUAUUGCAUGUUAUGUGAUGUAUCAUAUAAAUGCAAUUAUAACAAAGAAAUAUUCAUUCAUUUUAUUUAUAAAUGGUAAGGUUAAAGCUUUUUUUUUUCUUUA